AUGAAUUCAACAAAUCCAGCUGAUGUAUUCGGUUUCGGUACAUGGCAACAAAUAACCGAUCGUUUCCUCUACUGUGCUAAUAGUUCAAAACAAACCGGUGGUUCAAAGAAAAUUAAAGAAGCAAACCUUCCGCCGCAUAAGCAUACAGGAACUACAAACUUUUCUGGCGACCAUAUACACUCAUUAAGAGACCACCCAUUAUACAACUCAGACUAUGAAGCCGGUCAUGAUGUUUUAUCUCCAGCUUAUAACGAUUCAACAAAAAAGACUUUUCGACCAACUGAACCAGGAGGAAAUCAUGUCCAUACUUUCACAACAAAUCCAACAGGCUCGGGUGAAGAUUACAUGCCACCUUAUAUGACAGUUUAUGCAUGGUUUUGCGUUCAAUGA